UUCACCAGAAUUAUUAUCAAAAUUUGCGGAAAAAUUUCCAUUAACAGAAAAUAAUAUUUUUUUAAAUUUAUUAAUUGAAGCAGUAGCAAUUAUUCCGUUAGAUACUAUUGAAUUUGGUCGAUUAUCUAUUAAAGGUCUUCAGUAUCUUUUAUCUUGUACAUAUGAAAAGAAAAAACCUUUUGCAACUCCGGAAUAUGAGGUUUUUCGAUAUAGUGCUAUCCUUGCAGCGAAACAAGUUUCUAAUGAAGCGUAUAAAACUCUUAUGGAACGGCUACCAACCUUGGAUCAAGUAGAACAAUUAGAGAAUUUGGUUCAAAUAGAUAGCAUAAAUAAAUUUAUUAUCAAUCACCAAGAAAUUGCUAAAGAAUUGGAGCCUUUAAUUAAAUUUAUCGAUUUCAUACGAAUUAAAGGAAGAGUUUUGGCAAAUGUCAUAGAACCAUUAGAACUUAUCUCAGCAAAUAUUAUUACAGAUAUUUAUCGACAAAAAGCGAUAUUAAAUAAAUCCGAUUCAAAUGAUAUUCGAGGAAUACCCAUGCUAACUUAUUCAAAUUAUGUUUGGGAUGAAUUAGAAUUUGGAUCAAAACUUAUUAUUGAAGAUAAUAAAAAAGUUGUAUAUGCACCAAAUGAUCUUAAUUCAUGGCAAAAUGUUAGAGCUAAAAUUUUAUUAGAAAAUAAUGGUAUCUUUGAAUGGGACGUAAUAGUUGAGAAAGUAUGUGCAAAUGCUUGGGUUGGAGUCUGUUCAUCAGAAAAUUUUAAUUAUGAAUUCUUUGCUGGAAAUCAACCAACCGGAUGGGUAUUAGGUAACGAUGGUAGUAUUUGUAAUUCGGGAAAAUGGUUAAGUUAUUGUCCUUCAUUUGGUGAUGGUACAAGAAUUACUGUUCAUAUAGAUUUGAAUAAAAGAACUUGUUCUUUUACAGUUAAUGGUAAAAAAUAUCGGGAAGUAUCAGAAUGGAAUAAUUUGUCGCCGAAACUUUAUCCAGUAGUAUCAUUGCGUUACCCUGGUCGAUCUCGAAUUCAGCCUCAUUUUAAAAAUGGUUAAUUUUGUUUACAAGCUUAUUAUCUGAUCGUUAUUUUGCUAGUUAUAAAGAAUGUUUUUUCUUAUUAUUAUAUCUCAAAUUUAUUUGUUAAACAUUUGGGUCUAAAAAAUUUACAAUGUACUCGUAGGAUUAUAAAACAAUACAAAUAAAGUAUCAAUAAUAACUGAGUAGUGAUAACGUUAUAUUCUAAAGAAAAAACUGUGUAUUAUGAAUAAUGGCCAAUUUGAUCAAGCUUACAAUAGC